AUAAGCAAAGCGCUUGAACAUAACAAUGCAAACGAUUUUCAAAUAAAAUUCAAUAAAUAUCGCUAUUUGAUUUCAAAUAAAACACUACAAUAACGAUUACUAAAUUACUUGAAUUAUUUUUUUUCUAUGAAACUUCAAAAUGAAAUGACACAUAAUCAAUUUGUGUUUGUGGAAUAAUAAAACACAACUCUAAAUUUUUUUGACACAAGCGUAUGUACAGACAAAAAAAUGUUAUGUGGUUUAAUUUUAGUUGUAAAUAUUUGUUGGUAGCGAUUUAUGUAGAAUGUGAUAGCGAUGGGUGGCUGUAUAGGUAUUACUAGAAGUGGCAGCGGGCACAUAGAGGAAUCUUCUGGGACAGUUUCUCGGCCUAAUUCGGGAGGCCUAAGGAAAAACCAAUCAUUAUGUCAUGAAACAAUCAGAUGGAAGUCAGACGUACCUCUCACAGAGGGUCAGCUACGUAGCAAAAGAGAUGAAUUUUGGGACACCGCUCCAGCAUUUGAUGGCAGAAAAGAGAUAUGGGAUGCUCUUAGAGCAGCUGCUGUAGCUGCUGAGGCUAUGGACUUCCAGUUGGCCCAAGCUAUUCUGGAUGGAGCUAGUGUUUCAGUGCCUAAUGGCUACCUCACAGAGUGCUAUGAUGAAUGGGGCACAAGAUAUCAGGUACCGAUAUACUGUUUGUCUCCACCGAUAAACAUGGUGAAAGAGGCAAGCGGGCGCGACUCCCCGGCGGAGUGGUCGGAGCCGGCGGAGGGCGGCGCGGAGGUCACCCUGAGACUUCGCCUCUCCAGCUCCUGCAGGGACGUGGAGCUGGCGGUCUGCUCGCGGCACACGGUCGCGCACUGCAAGAACAAGCUACACGCUCAAGAGAACAUAGAACCGUGGAGACAACGGUGGUUCUACGGGGGCAAGCUGCUCGGCGACAGACUGCUGGUGGAGGAAGCGAAGAUCACUCCGGGGUACGUGGUGCAGGUCAUCGUCAGCACCGACCCUCAGCCUCCCAGCUAGUCGCCAGCCUCACGCGACAUCUGCACGCAACCGGAAGAAAUAAUUUCCUGAAUCGCGCUAACAACAUUUACCUACUACAAUCAAGUUUGCAUUUAUUUAAACAAGUUCUCAAGAACUGAAAAGCUGGUAAAUACAGAAGAACUGCGUUUAAAAAAGACGUACAAUAUUCCUAAAUUGACUUUUAAAUUUGGUUAUUUUAACUAUACAUAUUUUAAGCGUGAUGCAAAUUUUUGUUCACCUUCAGGAUUGUGUUCUGCGCACAAUGUUACCAGUGACCUUUAUGUGACGUCUAAGUUCAUAACUCGCGCAAAAAAAAUUUAUGUGAAAUUACUGAUUCAUAAAGAUUCGUUUUGAGAAAAUUCUACGCGUCUAAAGUUUGUCGUUUGGGUGGAAAUAGUUUGAUCGUGUAGCCCUCACCUGAAUAACUUGUUGGAAGCGUUCCUUCCAACACGUCGCUAAUUAAUAAUUUGAUGCAAAUCAGGCUCGGCAGACAUUUUUCACGAAUGUGAAUGUGAUUUUAUGUUUUUGAUCCAUCCGAAGUGCCCCGGUGUAAAUGUUACGAUAUAUUAUUUAAAUCAUAAAAAUGGCAACCUUAGUUUUGUUCAACGGUUUUAUCUGCGUUAGAAAUAAUUUAAUCGGAGAUAGAGAUAAUUUGAGACUUUAGGGACUUUAGAACUCAUAACUUAAGGUGGGUGGCGGCAUUUACGUUGUAGAUGUCUAUGGGCCGCGGUAACCACUUAACACCAUGUGGGCCGUGAGCUCGUCCACCAAUCCAAGCAUUUAAAAAAUAGAAAAAGUAAAAUUGUAACAUUUUGAUUUUAAUUAGUAUAAAAAUAUAAUGAAACGCCCCAAAAUUUUAUCGUUAUAUUAAAAUUUCAUCGAGAAACGCACAAUUUUCUUUUAUAAUUAAUUAAAUUAAUUAAUACAACAAACAAUUAAUAAAAUAAAAAUUGAAAUUAACAAUGUCCUGGGUCGACCACCGUCGAAAUAAAUUGUAAACUCGAACAUUUGAAUACUAUAGCCGUGAAAGUUUAAAACAGUUCCUAAUAAAUGCGCUGGGACCAACUGUGCCGAUGCGCCACCAAAUUGCACUACCAAAAACAACAUUAACAUCAUGCAAAAAAAAGUUAAAAAAAGUUAAAAUUAUCAGAUUUAUAAACAAAAACGGUACAAUAACGUUCAAUAACAAAUUUUGCUUUGAAAAUGUCUCCAUCCCGACCGCUAGCCCCCAGCGCCCCCAGCGCCCCGUAUGUAAGCCAAACGUUAGCCGUAUGUAUACGUGGUUCGAUUUAAAGUGAAACCGUCGUCCCGGCCGGUCGCCGGUGACACCGGUCAAUACGUUGUACAUGAUCUCUUCAUUUUUCAUAAAAUCAACAGUGCGAUUCAUGAUUUUGUAUCGAACUGAAAUUGUAUAGUCCAUGAAUAAAAAAGAGGGUUUUUAAAAACGUUCGUAAAAUAGGAACUAACACCUCGCUUUUGGAAUCACUUAGAGUCAAUGUCAUCCGUGACAAUCCGUGUCGCACUGUAGUCUGACUGUCAAAAUUACAUUUGACAGAAAUGACAGAUAAGUACUCUGUGUUUUGUAUAGACAACAAAAAAGGACGAUGUUUUAAAUUUUGUUCAUGUAAGACAUAAUUAGUAAUUAAACUUCAAUGCUUUUAAAUUCUUAAUAGUUUCUUAUAUUUAUUACAGACUAAAAAAAUGACAAUUAAUAAAAUUAUAAAUUGUGUACGAAAACACUAGGAAUGGUUUAAAAUAAAUAGUGAUGGGUUUUCAUUUUUUCAGUCGUUCAAAAUUUGAUUGUACGGGAACUUUGUAGAGAAAUUAGCGAACACUCAAUGCGAAGUGCGUUCAGUACUUCUUUUUUUUUAUUUUUGUAAAUAAUUUUUAGUUGUGUAAUUAAAUGUAUUUAUCGUUUGUAGUUUUAUUUAUUUAUUCUAUCUCACGUAAUUAGAAAUAUAUAUAUAAAAAAAUACUCUCAUAAUAAUAAUGACUGAUUUCAAUGUAAAUUUAAGGAAGAUCUAAAAUUGUUGAUAUAUUAAACAUAUUUUUAUUCUAGUUUAAUUUAAAAAAUUUUGGGCGGUGGCUAUUAUCAUUGAGAGAUGUAUACAACCGUUCUUAGUUGAAGGUGACAUUAAAUUACCGAGAAGCAAAUCUCGUUAUUCUCUCGGUCUCAAAUUCUAAUCCAAUUUGUUUAGUGUGGCCUAAAACGGAUAAGUUUAUUUUUGAGCGCUAGUCGUCGCUAUGAUUUGUCUCGAGUGGAUGUGAACAGCUGCCACUACGAUGCAGCGGUUCUGUGUGCUUAGUGCGAGUUUUUUAAGGUUUUCGAUAGCGUAAAAGUUAAUUCAAUUUUGUAUGGAGUUGGAACAGCGCCCCUAGCGUUAAACGUAGCCAAACGUGAAGUUAAGAGUGCGUUAAGAAACGUGAGUUAACUUUUACGUUACCGAAAACUUUAAAAAAAUCGCACUAAGCACACUGAACUAAGAAUAUUUUCGAAAUUUUUAAUUAUACCCGUCGUCUACUUGUUGUGUCCGAUGCGCAGUCGAACUACACUCCUCUAGUUAUACACGUAGUCAAUAUCGCUGUUUCAUUAUGCAUCCAGAUAUAGUGUUCGAGAAUCCGCGAAUCGACCGCACUAGAGCGACUUCAAAAAACACCCAAGAAUGUUAUUUCUUUAUAAUGUAAUUACGUCCAGCUGUAGGCAACAGCUCGCGAGUUUAAUGCACACAUCGUCCAGUGUCCAUCGGCUCCGGUCAGUUGCCUGGUGUAGUGCAACGCUAAGUGGCCCGCUGGUUUGCUCGGAGAUUUGGUCGGACCAACGUUUUUAGUUGAAUAUUAAUCCGAUACCUCCAACGGUUAGAUUGCCGGACCGGCUGCUGUAGGAGAUACGGAACGCAACUGUGUCGUAUUGACCGUUUCCGUUUGCAACAUUCGCGGAUGUAUUGCAGAUCUACGAGGGUUCCUGUGCGGCUGCAUGUCGCUAUUUAUUUAAUUGACUGGUUAUUUAUACAUUUCGCAUUACGUUAACAAUUUCAUCUCCUUCCACCCGUUUCCUUAGUUUAUUGGUAGAUGCAGCCCGACAAUUGUCUUGACAAAGCAGUUUUUAGUUUUGGAAUGGUUUGCGGAGCGCCCUCUGGCUCUGCUGAAGAUGAAUUCCCGCUCGGUCGCUAACCGUAAUCCUUCGUUGCGAUUAAUACUUUGGAUAUCGUUAAUAUUUCCGAAAGAAAUUAUUAUUAUAAAAAAAAAGAACAUAAUAUUCCUAACCUAAAAGUACAUGUUAUUAUCCGCAACAUGCUUCGUCAAUUAAACUGUAUUCUUUCUGGACAUUUGUUUAGCUAAACAAUAUUUCUGGACCACGCCCGUUAUGUUACUGUACUGCUUAGAUAUAUAAAAAACUAAAAUAUUUUAAGACUUAUUGGUUUGUAUAUUUUGAUUGAUUCUAUUAAAAUAUAUAUAAGUAUGUUAGUAAAAGUAUGUUUCUAAAUUCGAUUAAUCGACUAAUGAUGUUCUGGAGACUAACAAUGUUAAUGUUUAUUUAGAAUUCGGUUUCAUGUGUUUAUUUACAAAAGGAUCUAAUCGAUAUGUGACCCCAUUCUUCUAGACCAACUACCAGAUUUACUUCCCCUACAUAAUCUAUUCCCAGUCCUUUUGUCACUUUAUUUUGUAGACAUAAUUAUCAAAUCUCAAUUACUUUUGAGAGGAUUUAUAAGAGUAGUAGUCACCUUACCUACGCACUAAUCCUAUCAUUUUUUAUACUGCUCAUUGUGUAUAAGAUCUCUGUUAAUUUUGAUUUUAUACAUUGCCUCCUAAUAUUUUUUAUAUAUUAAACGCUAAAUAGCAAUUUAAAAUCAAGAAGGGAUACUUUUAGUUAUUUUAACAUUGUCAUUUUAUACUCUUGCAAUGUGGUUGUCUGUGGGUUGCAUACUUUUUGCCAACGUCAUCCAGUAUGAGAGUUCAAUGAACUGUACAUAUUUAUAAUUUCAUAGAAACCGGCCAAUUUAUUUCCAGAUACCUACUUAAUACAUCGUUGUUUAUUUUAAUUCAACACCAGUACAAGAAAGAUCACACCUUAAAUUUGUUUGUGUACUAGUAAACACAUUAUAUUAGCUACUUACUGACCGCUCGCUGAGGUUACCGCGUUGAUGCACAGGGCACAGAGUUCCCUUGUCGAAGUAUGCGAUGAACAUUCGCUAAGCCAGGUACUAGCUAUGAUAGCUAUAUAUUAUAUAAAUAUAUAAUUAAAUAUGACCAUUUAAUAAUUAAGGAAAUAAAUUUGUACAAACAGUAUACAUACCUACGUAAAUGACACUGAAGAAAAUAAAAAUUGCAAAAUUAAAUAUCAUAAAUCCAUUUUUCUCUAUUACCUACUAUUUACGUAAUUAAAAGCUGUUUUACUCAUAGAUUAGAAACGUUUGACAUAAGUAAAAUUUUAAAUUGUUUCGAGUCUGCUGGUAAUGUAUAUUCAUUACUAAUGAAAUUGGGGCAAUGAAAACAAAAUUGAAAGUUUUAUCAGUGUUACAUUCAGUGAUAACAUACCUACCUACAACAGUGUUUAUUGUUGAAAGCGAUUCGAUAAGAUUUAAUAUCGAUAAUGUUGUAGUUUAGCUUUUGCAUCGAUUAUGUAAUAGAAAUCGAUUAAAUCGUAUCGAUUCGUCAGAUGUUACAAGUUUUGUACAUACGUUUUUAUUAUGUUUGGUGUGUAAGCAAUAAUGUGUAAAAAAUUCUAAUAAAAAAUCACUCGGAA